CUCUGGUCAGUCUGCGAACAACGCUCGAUCGGUACGCAUCGGUGCCUUCCCUAUUCCUCGGAAUCGAAUCCGAAGGAACAUUUCUGCUGCCUGAGUGAGAGAGAGACAGAGAGGCAGUUUGAAUCGAGUAUUUUUUUUUCGGGGGUCCUACGAAAUCAGUGCCUCCAUUCCCCCAAAAAACCGAAAACCUCUCUCCGGGAAAAAGAAAUAACAAAUAAGUCGGUCGUUGUUUUUCUCUCGGUCGGAAAAAUUACGUACCCAAGUGCCAUAACGUGAAACGCAAGGAUUAAUAUUACUGUGUUGAAAUUACGUUUCUCAGUGUUUCUGUGUGUGGGUUCCAAAUAAAUUUUUUAUCUCAAAAUAUUUUGUCUGUAGCCUUUGUAAACAGUGUUCUCAUAGUGACUUACCAACUUACCGUACCAAAAUUGCCAGCCAACUAAAAGAUGGAUCCGAGUCAGGUGACGGAAGCCUCGCUCGAGAUAUGGCGCACAUUGCCGGCGGCCAUCCGGCAGGAUCCCAGCCUGGCCUCGUUCCGGCAGGAGCACGAGCGGUUACAUGGUACCGAAGACGAUCCGCUGCCUAACGAGGACGUUUCGGCAGACGAUGGAGAUGACACAAGCAAGGAAUUCAUCACAAUCAAGGUAACCAACCCGGGAGAUUCCAGUGUGGACGGAACCGAUGGAAGGACGACGGGCGAAGAUUCGAAACUGGCCACAAGUGGAGUGGCAAUCCAGCGCACCACCAAACAGCAGAAUGGAGAGAAGAACGGAACCAACAACAACACCACGACCGGAGAAGGAGAUGCAGAGGAGCAUGAAAUCACCAUGCACGGGAUGCAUGGGCACUCGCACGUGCAGCACGGCAAGGUCUUCAACAUGGUCAAAAUCGGAGCCCUGCUGGUGGUGUGGCUCCUUUUCACCGGAUUCCUGAUGUCUAAGAACGAAAAGGAGCUGGAACCUCGUCAGAUGUCGAUACCGGAGGGGAAGGUCAGAACGUACAUAUUACCAGACGCACCACCCGGAUCGAGGGUGGGGAUAUACCUAAGAGGUUCCUUCUUGAACGACCAGCAGCACAACAUGACGAGUAACUACGUAUCGGUCAAUCUACAGCUGGUCUACACCGGGAGCAACAGUUCCAACGUUUCGUACGUGCAGGAUCACGAUGUGAAACACAUAGAGAACGUAACCGAGUCCUGGGAAGUACCGAUACCGCUGGCAACCGAAACGAUGGACCAGAUGGACGAGAUCACCCGGAAACACGUGUUCGACAUCGGCUCGACGAGUCACCGGAAGGUCACCAGCGGAAAGGCCGUCAUUCGGGUCCGCAUGACGACGAAUGCCGACACCGAUGUUCCGGUGAAGUUCACGUACGAUUCGACACCGAUGGACAAAGAGACGGGCGUGAUAUAUGCCGCAAUCGUUCUGCUCGGUCUGUAUGUUCUAAUCAUCUGGGAAAUCGUGCACCGAACCUUUGCGGCCAUUGUGGCGUCAACGUUGGCGAUCGGUGUCCUAGCUGCGAUGAACGAACGACCCAGUAUGCCGAAGUUGAUCUCGUGGAUCGAUGUCGAAACACUGCUUCUGCUGUUCGGAAUGAUGAUUAUGGUAGCGAUCCUGUCGGAGACCGGUAUUUUCGAUUUCCUGGCCGUGUACGCCUACCAGGUGACCAACGGACGGGUGUGGUCUUUGAUCAACUGUUUAUGCAUUUUUACGGCCGUGCUGUCGUCGUUCCUGGACAACGUCACCACGGUACUCCUCAUGACCCCGGUCACUAUAAGGCUGUGCGAGGUGAUGGAGUUAAAUCCGGUGCCGGUGCUGAUGUCGAUGGUUAUUUACUCGAACAUCGGAGGCACACUGACACCGGUCGGCGAUCCGCCAAAUGUCAUCAUCGCCUCCAAUAGUUACAUAUCCAAAAAUGGAGUCAAUUUUGCCGUAUUCACCCUGCACAUGGCGAUCCCGAUUGCCAUCGUUACGGUGACCACGUACUUCCAGCUGCGAAUGAAGUUCAAGACGAUCAGCGAUCUGCGCUUCAGUGAGCCACAGGAUGUGCAGGAAGUUCGCCACGAAAUCGCCGUUUGGCAGCGGGCCGCCGCAUCGCUGUCCUCGUACUCCAAGGAUGAGGACCUGGUGCGGGAGACGCUGCUCAAGAAGGUCAACCGGUUGAGGCGCUCGCUGAAGAAGAAGCUGGUCAGCGGUUCGGUUCCGGCCGAUUGCUACAAGGCCACCCUGGAGGAUCUUAAGAAAAAGUACCCGAUCAGAAGCAAAUCCCUGCUGGUCAAGUCCGCCAUCACCCUGCUGUUUGUGAUCACAUUCUUCUUCCUGCAUUCGGCUCCGGAUAUACAGAAGCUGUCGCUUGGCUGGACCGCUUUGCUGGGUGCUGUGUUGCUGUUGAUCCUAGCCGACAGGGAAGACAUCGAAUCCGUGAUCGCUCGCGUCGAGUGGUCCACCCUGCUAUUCUUUGCUGCCUUAUUUAUCCUGAUGGAGGCCCUGGCCGAGCUCGGACUAAUCGAAUGGAUCGGAAAGCAGACGGAGAAUGUUAUUUUAUCCGUAUCGGAGGAAUCUCGUUUAGCUGUUGCCAUAUUACUCAUUCUCUGGGUAUCUGCAUUCGCAUCCGCCUUCGUGGACAAUAUCCCCCUGACCACCAUGAUGGUGAAGAUCGCAAUCGGGCUGGCCGAGAAUGAAGCUCUCGGUCUGCCGCUGAAGCCACUUGUAUGGGCGCUCGCCCUAGGAGCUUGUUUAGGAGGUAAGUUUCGGUUUAGCUUCCUUCAUCUCAUCCCUUUACGAUCCUUUAUACACAUAAUCGUUAGUUAAUUUUUUUAUUGUUUG